AUGUUCAAGCUUACACUUUGCCUCUUCGCCGUUCUGCUGGCCUGCGUCCAGGCGGACAACAUCGACAAGAAUGCACAAAUUGUUAGCGAAAAAAAUGACCCAGCCGAUGCGGACGGCAACUAUCAAUAUUCCUUUGAGACCAGCAAUGGCAUCCAAGCCCAGGAGGCUGGUAAUCCUAAUGGUGUCUCUGGUACUGUCGCCUGGGUGUCCCCCGAAGGUGAACAAAUCAGUUUGCAAUACACCGCUGAUGAGAAUGGAUACCAUCCAGUGGGCAGUCAUCUGCCCGUACCACCCCCAAUUCCAGAUGCCAUUCUGAGGUCUUUGCAAUAUAAUGCAGAACAUCCACAACAGAUCUAGAGUUAAUCAU